GCAGGAGUUGACUGGUGGGCAUUCGGGAUCAUCCUGUGCCUGAUGGCUACUGGUCAAUUACCAUUUGAUGAUCUAUCUGGCAUGAACUAUCUGGCAUUUUUAGUGACCAGUACCAAGCCCCGCUAUGAAAAAGGGCUUAGCAGAGACGCCAGGAGACUCCUGAACGAGCUGCUAGAGAAGGAUCCGGAGAAGCGUCUCGGCACAACAGGAGACAUUAGGAGUCACCCCUUCUUCAGAUCCAUCAAGUGGGCAGAACUGGAGAGCCUGAAGGUGCCUUCGCCUUUUAAGCCGGAAGGAUUUUCACCAGAGGAUUUGAAGGCAACAUAUACAGGGCCACUGCCAUUCUUGGAGGACCCCAAGAGCGAAGUUCCACCAGAUGAUCCAAUGGUUCUCCAGGAAUUCUCAUACGUGAACUCCAGCUGGUAAGCAUAAACAUCUGCCCACAACAUCAGCCCUUUCCUCCGGCCCCCAACAUCGACCCUUUCCUCAGGCCCACAACAUCGGCCCUUUCCUCAGGCCCACAACA